AUGAGAAGUGCUUCUUGUUAUUACCGAGGCAUUAAUACUGCAUCGGUGCCUAUUAAAGCUGUCAAAGCUUUUCUAUUUCCUUGCUGUUUCUGUUUUUCCUUUUACAUUUCUUUUCUUUUUUUGUUUCUUUUUGAGUUUCUCUUUUUUAUUUUCUUUCAUUUCAUUUUUUCUUCUCUUUUUUUCUUUUCCGUUUCUAUUUUCUCAUUUUUUUCUCUUUCCUUUUUUCUUUACUUUUCUCUUUUUUUCCACUCCGUCUCUCUAAUCUUUUUUCUUUACUUUUCUUUCUUUUUUUUUUUUUUUUUUUCCUUUUUUCAUUUUUUUCCCUUUUUAUUUCUCUUUUUUUUUCUUUUCGUUUAUCUUUACAUUUUCUUUCCCGGUUCUCUUUUUUCCCUUUUCUGUUUCUCUUCUUUUUUUUUUCCUUUCCAUUUCUCCAACACCCCCCACCCCCCCCCCCCUUUUUGGUCUUCUCCUCCCUUUCUAUUUCUCUUUUCCUUCUUUAACAUUUCGCCUUGCCACUUGUUAUUUCUCCUAACCCCCUCUCUCUCUCUCUCUCUCUCUCUCUCUCUAACUCUCUCUCUCUCUCUCUCUCUCUCUCUCUCUCUCUCUCUCUCUCUCUCUCUCUCUCUCUCUCUCUCUCUCUCUCUCUCUCUCUCGACUGCUCCGGGUCUGGUAGCGUGGGUGUUUCCCAGAUUGGCGAACGACAAUUUUUGCCCCAGCUCCUUGCAGUGCUAG